CAACCACAUAAAAAAACAAAAACAAAACAAAGGAACAAACCCGGUUUUGGAUCCGAGAGGCCAGAUUUAUGCUGCCCACUCAGACAGAAACACCAAGUACAUGCUCCCUGAGAACAUUUCGCACACAGAGCUCCAGUAGCAUAGUUCAGGCCAGACGGACGGUGCAGCAGCUGAGGAUAGAAGCCAGCAUCGAGAGGAUAAAGGUGUCCAAGGCUUCAUCGGAGCUGAUGCGCUACUGUGGAGAGCACGCCAAGAAUGACCCGCUGCUAAUGGGUAUCCCUGCUUCAGAAAACCCUUUCAAGGACAAGAAGCCUUGCACAGUUUUGUAGGGAAACACCUGAACUCUUGCUUUUGAUGCUAAAUCCUAUGUGUAAAAGCUCUGCUCACAACUUGCCUUAAGGCCAGUAUACCCCUUAACUUUUUCACAUGCCUGCUUGAGUUUGAUAAGGAAUGUAGUCCUCUCUGCCUUUUAGUCAAAUAGCUGUGACACCAAAGAACGGGCAGAAGGCUGAAGCCGUUGCCUCUGAUCAAAGCUGCGGCUCUAACAAAGAUGAUUAAAAGUGGUGGCUUUUGUUUGUCUGCACUGUAAUCUGACAGGAUCUGGAAGGCCACAGACCUCAGCCUGAAAGGAGCUGAGAGUUGGGAGAGUUGAUGACUGUAAUUAUGACAGCACGUAUAAACAAGCCCCCUUCAAGUCAUUGGUCUAAUCAGAUUUAGGCUUUGGGUUUUCACUUCUUGCUUUCAUCAGGAAACGGUUUGUAUUCUGUUCAGAAUGAGACUAUUAACAAGAUAAUGAUAUCCUGUCAGAUGAGUUAACUGUCCAAACUCUAAUGGACCUGCAUUUCUGGGAUAAACAGAAAGGGAGGUCCAUAACCACUGAUGUACUUUUUAUUGUCACGCAUUUCGACUCAGAAGAAAUGGUCUAAAAUCAUCAAAGGAGACCCAUUAUGAUAAUUUCCAGCUCCGCAUUUUAUCCUUAGACUCUACUACAGUAGUUUUAUAUGAUUU